CAGAUGAGGCCGUAGUGACGUAGCAUGGGCCAGGCGGGCAACCAGCCGGGCGCCGAGCAGCGCGCGCGCCGCGCACACACCCUGCCGCACGAGCCGCUGCGACACGCGCCCAAGGUGCUGCCGUCGCUGACCGAGUCUCCCCGGCUGCGCAGCACGGACAAUGGCGCCAUCCUGCACUCCGGCGGCACCAUCAGCGGGCGCAGGCCCGGCUCACAGCCGCAGGAGAGCUGCAGGGUGCCGCAAGGACAUGUCCACUCCAACGUAUACAGGUCCAGGUCGGCCGGAGUCCCGGCGGACAGUGAGGCGAGGCCCAGGGAGCGGGACCCGCUGCACCGAUCACAUACCAAUCUUGAAUUCAGGCAUGACUCUGGUUUAAAAAGAUUUGGUUCAGAACCUGAUCUAAGAAUCGAAGAGGAGCAACCAAAGCCGAUGAGAUGCACAAAUAAUAAAAACUUUAGAAAAAAGUAUCGAGCUCCGCCGCCUCCAAAUAACAACCAUCAAAAAGGUUCAUCGCCAGAUUCCAACGACAGGAACGCGAAAGCUGAACCACAAAGAAAGCUCAGAUUAUUUAGAACUAGAAACGAAACCAAAAAACUAAAUGGUCACAUGGAUUCAAAGAUCCCCGUUUACAAAAACACAUACACAGAUUUCAAGUCAUUAGACUUUAACGAUAAUUUCGAAAGGCGAUACAAAUCUCCGUGUAAGGAUAAUAAGGAGCAAAAUUUUAAAUUGACCGAUGGCAAAGAUAUGAUCCAAAGUACGGCAUCAUUGAAGAAAGAAGAACGACUGCUGCAAACCAGGCAAGACUUCAGAGUGACGCGAACUGACAGGGUCAGCGGAUGUAGAGCGAAGACUUCGAAAACGAAUGAACAAAGCGAAGCAUGGAAAACACCUCUCUUAAAUAGAAACUUCAGGCAUUCUGAAAGGUUCAGUAAGGACGAUAACUCACAACGAUUACUGAGAAGAGAAAAAACCUUCGACGAUACCCUAAUUUUAAGUGAAAGAGAAAACGAUUCACCUAGAGCUUUGCACGAUAAAAGAAAAAAAGUUACAUGUGAAGAGUUACAUAACAAGUUAAGUCCUUUAGGUCAAAGGAACGAGCCGCUAAGGAAAUCUCUUCCUUCGUUACUAAACAAAAGUAACGAAGAAAAAGAUGAGUUUCAGGAAGAACUCAAGAAGGCGACCAGUAGGAUAAGGAAAGAGUUAGGAACUAAACUAAAUGUAAGCGAAAACAGAACUAGUCAAAUCGAUAAAACGAGUAUACAGAAACCAAACCCAACGAAAUCGGCAACUGAAAGCAAAGUCACAGAGUCUAGUCUUAAAACAAAUAGUAAACAGGAUACGAAACCCACAAAUAAUGUAACGAGAAGGCCAUUAAGUCGAAUUAAUGAAUCCAAACAGAAAACAACAACACAAAAUAAAUUAACAACAAACGAAGUAAGCAAGUUUAAAGUAGAAAGUAAGGAAAAUGUGAGAACAAUGCCCGACAGAGGGCAAGCUUCUGGAAAGGAAUCAACGCCUGAACAUUCACCAACCAGAAAAAAAGAAGCUUUAAGACGUGCUACGCAAGAAAAGCAAAGGCCAGCACCAUCCAAACAGUUCUAUUUCGGCAUGAUCGAGUCCAAAAAGACCGAACCACAAGAUCAUCUCAGAGACUUCCCCGGUCUAGGGAGUCCUAUCAUCGAAGAGCUGAGUAACUUCCACCUCAUAGAGCAGAAACUGCUCGGAUAUCACGACGAAGAUGAAAUGGAAAAGUUCAAUGAGAAACUUAAGGAAGAUUGCAAAAGAAAUUUAUCAUCCGAGUCAGCGCUAUCAUCAGAAGGCUCGGAAGGCGAAAGUUCAGAGGGAUCGUUGGGCAUUGCGCUCCGACUGCGACCGACUUUGCCCAAGAAACUGCCCAACGCGCCGCGUUUCUCGCCCGCCGCCGCCUGGAGACAACUGGCCAGCUUGGACGCACAUCUUGCCGAAACUCAACCACUAGCCGUGGAGACCAAAGUGUCAGCAGACAUACCGGCCGAGUCGUCUCCACGCUCCGACCAGUCGGCCGACAAGUCGGGCGACUCGGGCAUAUCCGCCGACCACGGGCUCAGCGAUCAUAGGAUAGAUUCUCCUGGACAUGUAGCAGAGCAAGGCGCUACAUGGACGCCACAACAAGACCUUGGCGACAGCAGCUCCGACGGCGCGGGGGCGGAGCACCCUCACCCCAACGUGGCGACCUACAGCCCUGGCGCUCAGCCCUUCAGCCUCAGCCUGCCGCGGGACCAGGACAAAUUUAAAGGAAUGUCGUGCUUCUACGAAUGCUUCCAGGGCAAGCAACUCCAGCAGGGCUUCAACAGUCUACAGAAACUUCGGAAAUCAGUGUCAGGAGCGUUAGGAGCUGCGUUGGGUUCCAGAAGGUUCGAUUUAGAACACGAACCAAUGCUAGAAGAACCGGAGCAAAACUGGUUCCUGACAAAGUCAGCUCCCAAUUCCUUGAGCAAUCCCAUGUUGUACCACCAGCAGUUGAGAACGAAGGUGCCAGAUGAGGUGGGGAAGGAAGAACCUUCGCUGUCCAUGGAUAAGACUCAGGAAGAAGGCAGAUGGCGCAGCUCGUACAUGAGCUGGGGCGGGCACGUGAUGUACCUGCCGCCCGCGCCCGACCAGCCGCUCUCUAUGAUGUCUAUGGAGCGACCUGUUAGGAGCAAGUCGAGCGGCUGCCUGGAGCUGGCGGCGCGGGCGGCGCGCGCGGCGGCGCUGGCGGCCGAGAUGCGCGAGCGGGAGCGCUCGGCGUCGCCGGACGUGGCGCGCGCGGAGCCGGCGCGGGUGGAGCCGCACACGCGCAACGCCAACCCGGGCAGAGGCAAGCGGUUCACGUUCCAGUCGACAGUGCGGCAGGUCGAGCGGCGCAAGAUCGCGGAGAAGCUGUCUCGAGAGGCAGAUCUGAAGGAACAGCAGCGAAGAACCGAGCUGGAGGCCAUGCGGAGGGUAGAGGAAGAGUUCCAGCGGAAGCGAGCGCGGGAGAAGGCGAACAUCCGACAGCAGCUGCGACUGGUGAGCAGCGGGACUAAUGGCGUGCCGCCAGCUUCACAUCACAAUAAGACUAGAGACGAGCCCGACGGUUCGUGCCGCGCGUCUCCUGCGGCGGAGAGGACUCGCGACGCGCGGCCGCGGCACAGCAACACGUCGUCUGAAGCCAGCGGCAGGAGCAAGAGCACCACGCCGAUCCGCUGCGUGGAGCUGUCGGAGUGGCGCACGGAGAGCGGCGCGCGCGUGUACCGCGACUGGCCGGCGCAGGCGGCGCACGCGCACGCGCACCCGCCCGCCUGCGCGCGCAUGCCCAUGUCCGUGCACAACAACUACAACGCUGCAGAAGGCUCGGCGUUCAGCGGCAGCCCGCGCUCCGACAACUACCGGCUGGAGUUCGCGCGCGGCCGCUCCCCGCGCACCCCGCGCGCGCCCCGCCUGCUGCCCGCCGCGCGCUCGCCCGCCUCCUCCACCAGCGGCUCGGAGCUGUCGCUGCGCCAGCCCAUCAAGAUCAGCGAGCCAACUAAGGAGGAAGAGGCGACGGAACCCGCCAUCGUCCCCACCCUGCGGCCCUCCGGCCCGGCGCGGCCCGUCGUCGCCAUACGAUAGCCUGCCGACCACAGUCAUAGGGAAAUACCACAUUCAUAAACCCGUUGAGCGAAGAGGGAACUCUCUCAGUACUUAUGUGUACGGAAUUCUGUUCUAGCAUUCCGAAAUAGGUCCUCUAAAAGUGAAAAAACACUUUAAUUUUAGAGGACCAGCAAAAGCAAACUUGACUUUACUCAGAGAUGUUAAUCGAAUUCAGAUAUGACAAGCUCAAAAAAAACUAAAAUACUUCAGCAAGGUGUUUUCAAAUUACUUACUUACAAAAAAGGAAAAUGUGAAUUUCAAGUACUAUGGGCUACAUUAUAAAUUGAACAGUUUGCAAACUCAACUAAUAAAAACUAUCGAGCUUUUUGACAUUUAAUAGUUCCACUGUGUACCUACGUAAUUUUAGGGUUUCGAACGUACGUACUAGUACAUAAAAAACGGAACCCUUAUUUGAAAUAGUUAUGUAAGCGUAUAACUUAACGGUUCGCAGUCAUCAGUUAAAUUGUUAUUGGUUUUAAUCUCAAUUUGAUUACGUAACUUCCUUCAGCUUGCGUAAGCCUUUAUUCGCACGAGAGCUUUUUAAACGGACGUUAGACAGUUCUCGUGCGAACGAGUGCUGAAAGUGGCGGCCAAAUAGAUUUGCGAGGUGAAGUUAUAGAGAUUAUAGUUUGACAUACCAAGUACGGUAUCAUAUCACUUAUUGUUAACUUACUUAGUUUUACACUUGUAUGUAAAUGUUUGUAUUUUAUAUUAGAGCUAAGUUUAAACAAACAAUGCAAUAGCUGUCGUCUAAGUAUGUGAAUAAUGUUGGAGCUUUAAUCUAGACUUAACUGUAUUCUUACUAACUUCUAGUUAUAAAGGUGCUAAGAAUAAAUUAUUUACCAAGUAGGUUUAAGAGAUUCAACAUGUUUUACGAACUUUUAUGCAAAUGUUUAACUCUUUUUUAUAUCAUUUAAUUAAAAAAGAUAGAAAUAAUUAACAGAUGCUCUAUGUGGACAAAUUGUGUUACUUCCCACAAGACAUACAAUUAUACAAUGCCCUGUCGAUUUCUGUAAUUUUUUAAACAAGCAAUGUAAAAAAUUUAAUAUUAAAACUCGAUUUGAGAAAAUAUUCAUAAUGAGACCCCAUCUCGAAAAGUCACUCUAUUCCAAAUGGGUUUAUUAUGUUUAUUUAUGCAUCAUGCAAGUGACCGAGGUUAUUUAUGUGGUUUUAGAAUAACCCAUAAAAAUGUGGCACAACCUUUGACGUAAUGACCAUAAGGCACAAAUGACCGGGCGUGGCGGGUGCCCGUCAGAGGGUUAAAAGCCACUGUGGCCAUUUCCGGGAUUUACUACUCCGAUAUCCGGACUCGGGCGUGGUCACAACAAAACUUGGGGCUCAUAUAAAAGGGUUAAUUCGUACAUAAGAUAUAUGACUCAGAAAAGGAUUUAUUAGGUAGUGAUGGUAUAAAACUAUUUAUUUCAAGUUAUACUAUGAGUUUUCACAAAAAAUGAACUCCAAUAUUUCCUUGAUGUUAAGAAAAUUAUUCUUUGUCCAAAGUAUGAUUGUAAUACAGAUUUUAAGUAAUUAAUAACUCGAUCACUGUGUUCGUUAAGUGUCACUGACGCUCAAAAGGGCUUUAAUUUUUUUUUACAUAUAAAUGUGUUGUUUGUUUGCUUUAUUAAGGAGGUGGCAAAAAGAAAGUUGAAAAGAAGCAUAAUAUAUAAUAAAUGUAUAAUAUAUAAUAUAAUAACAAACUUGUCUAAUUUUGUGUAAGUCUGCAUGGGACUUGGAAAGUUGAAAUUUGAUUUUGAAAAGAUACAAAAAAUCUAUAGAUAUUUAAAUCGCUAUAAAAAUACGCCAUCUAGUAUUAAAGAAAUUAUUAUAUAUUUAUUUCACAUAACAUGUUGAUUCUCUUAAUGUAUAUUAGUGCAUAAUUAAUAUGUAUAUAGCAUAUUUAUUACCUAGUAGGUGAUUUUAAUUCUAACUUAAUCAAUGAAUUUUAUCAGGUGCAAUAUUCACAAUACAUAGCUAAUAGAUAUACUUUGUAUAAAUGAGCUGAAUUACAUUUUUUAUUAUAUUACUUUAAUACACUUAACUCUUAAUUUUCACAAUAAUGUAACAGAAAAAUGUUCAUGUAAUUAUAUUAUUUUUUGUUAUAAAAAAAGUAUAAUUAUUCAAAAUAUUAUUAAUAGGUCCAUGUGGUCAUAAAAAACUAAAAUCAACGUUUUUUUUGUUUUAUAUUAAGUAAUAAUUAUAUUACUAAUUAUUGUAAUUAUUAAGUAAUAAUGAAAUAUUUGUACCGCUCAAUAUAAGUCUUAAUAUUACGCAAAAUAUUGCGGAAAAUAAUAAUAUUCUUUUUAUUAAUUGAUUAUUUAAAAGGAUUUACGAGUAGCUGUGGAAAUUUUUCACGAAUAAAAAGCCUUAAAGUCUUUAUUUAUUUAAUAACCGUUAUUAUGAAUCUUGAGUAUCCGUAGACUAAAAGUUAUAUAUGAGGAUAGUAAGGAGAUUACGGUUCUAUUAAUGACAAUUCUAAUCAAUGGGCGCAUACCUUUUUACAAUUAUUAACAUAGUAUCUACAUUAAAUUAAUAUAAUUAAUGGAACGAUAUAUUCAUUAAGCAUUAAGUUUUGUCAUGCGAAACGGUGCGUGUAUAUUUGUAAAGUUAUUAAUAAAAAGUGAUAAUAAACAUCAUAUUACAAUAGA